AUGAUCUCCCUCUCUACCCUCCUCCUAACUCUAACUCUGACUCUCACCGCAACCGCCCAUCCCUCCGCAACCCACCAAAAACGCAGCGUGACAUGCCUCAAGGUCGGCGCCGCCGCAACAGCCACCUGGACCAACAGUGCCGAUCAAACCUGCACCUAUGUGGGCGUCGUAGGCAGUAAUUAUGGCGAGAAUAGUGAUGGCGAUGGGGAUGACCCCAACUGCGGAGCAGCAUUCAAGGCCGCAGAGGAUGAUUACUUGCUGGGAUUGGUGGAUGGGUGCUCGCAGACGAAUCCCACUAAUGCGGUGGUGAAGCCGACGGCGAGUCCGGUUUGCACUUGA